AUGGCCGCAACAAGACGAUCAUCACGGCUCAGCGCUCAAUCAGACGCAAAACCCCCUCCCUCACACUCAAUGCCACCACCGCCAAAAGACCAACCUCCAAACUCGAAGCAGAAUAAUCGCAAGCGCAAGGCUUCCACAUCAAAAGCAACAGCGCCAGUGACACCUACAAAGCGACGAACGCAACACAUCCAGCCGGCGCCGCCAUUGACUCCCACGCCCAGCGCGGCAAGAGUCAUUGCAGAACCAGCACAAGUUCCAAAACCUCGAAAUGCCACAGUUACGAGAUUAGCUGACCCGCGGGCUACUAAUGCCACGCUCCUCUCGCCAGAGACAUCCAGGGUCGUUGCAUCCAAGGAUAUUGAGCCUGAAUCGCCAUCCAAGAAGCCUGGCUCUAGAAUUACUACGGAUAACUUACUAGACGUUGCGUGUGCGCACUUGAUCAGCGUGGAUGAGAAGAUGCGGCCACUGGUAGAGAGAAACCACUGCAAGAUGUUCUCGCCUGAAGGACUGGCCGAGAAGAUUGACCCUUUUGAGAGUCUAGCCAGCGGUAUCAUAUCACAGCAGGUAUCUGGGGCGGCGGCGAAGUCCAUCAAAGCCAAGUUCGUUGCGCUGUUUGAUACUCCGGAGGGAGGGUCAAGAUUUCCUCAUCCGUCAGAAGUUGCGCCCAUGUCGAUUGAGAAGCUUCGCACGGCGGGAUUGUCGCAGCGCAAGGCGGAAUACAUCAAGGGUCUCGCGGAGAAGUUUACAAACGGCGAGCUGAGCACCAAAAUCUUACAUGAGGCUCCGUACGAGGAGCUUGUUGAGAAGUUGAUUUCCGUUCGCGGACUGGGUAGAUGGUCGGUUGAGAUGUUUGCCUGCUUCGGGUUGAAGAGAAUGGAUGUGUUUUCUGUUGGGGAUCUAGGCGUCCAGAGAGGCAUGGCGGCGUUUGUGGGAAGGGACGUGGCAAAGUUGAAAUCCAAGGGGGGCAAGUGGAAGUACAUGUCGGAGAAGGAAAUGUUGGAGAUAUCUGAGAAAUUUGCGCCGUAUAGAAGUUUGUUUAUGUGGUUGAUGUGGAGGGUUGAGGAUAGCUAUACAGAUGUGAGUACAUUGGAGUAG